AUGUCAGGUGAAAAUGGUGGAUCAAGUAGUGGUGGGAGGUGUUAUGUCGACAACUCUUACAACAGGAGACUGGGCAGAGUUGGUAUGCCACUGGGUUCAAUGGUAGUAUCAAGUGGAGGAAGACCAUCCUCAGGAAGCUCAAGCUUUUUAAGUUCAAGUCUUUUAGGAAUACCUAGUGAAAACAGCGGUAGUGGGAGGUCAUAUGUCGACAACUCUUACAACAGGGCACUGGGCAGAGUUGGUAUGCCACUGGGUUCAAUGGUGGUAUCCAAUAGCGAUUAUAGGCCAUCCCCACCAAGCUCCAAUAUUUUAAGUUUUUCAGCAAACACUGGUGAAAACAGCGGUAGUGGGAGGUCGUAUGUCGACAACUCUUACAACAGGGCACUUGGCAGAGUUGGAAUGCCACUGGGUUCAAUGGUGAAAAGUAGGCCGUCCUCAGCAGAUUCAAGCUUUCCAGGAAAAUCUGAUGGAGAUAGUGGUUCAAGUGGAAGAUCAUAUGUAGACAACUCUUACAACAGGACACUGGGCAGAGUUGGUAUGCCACUGGGUUCAAUGAAAAUAUCUAAUCGUAAAAGCAGACCAUCUUCAGCAAGCCCUAACUUUUUUAAUUCUAGCUCUGAAGAAAAUAGAAGGACCUACGUUGACAAUGCUAUCAAUCGAAAACUUGAUAGAGUAGGGAUGCCAGUUGGAUCCAUGCCUGUUUCCAGUUCAAAACAAACUUCUGGUCCAAAAACCUACGUAGAUAAUGAAUACAACCGAAAACUAGGAAGGGUAGGCAUGAAGCAUGGUUCAAUGGUGGUCUCCAAAUGCUCUUCAGAUGAAGGAAGUUCAAGAGGAACUAAGCAUUAUGUCGACAAUUCACUUAAUAGAAGUCUUGGGCGUGUCGGUCUUCCUCAUGGAGCGUGCGCUGAUGUUGAGAAAGUUCAAUUAUAUAAAGAUAAUGCAUUCAAUCGAAGACUGGGACGUGCAGGAAAACCAAUUGGAACAGCAGUUCAAUCAAAAUCUGGAUUGGAUGGGUACAAAGUCUACGCUGACAAUUCGAAAAACCGUCGUCUUGGAAGAGUAGGUUUUCCUAUUGGAUCAAGACCCAAAGCUUCAUUCCCAGGAACAAAACGCAGAUAUUGCAACAACGCACUGAACAGGGCUCUUAAUAGAGUUGGAGAAGAGCUCGGAACAAGACCCGUUACCUGCAGCAAAGAAACGGAGUGGAUCCAUAAAGUAUAUCAAAGAUACAGAGAAAAUCCGGAAGCAGAGAUACAGUAUCAAGACUUACCAGCAUUGUCAGAAGAAACGGAAGCAGAUGCUAUAGAAAAAAUUAUGGAUCGAUUAAACAGAGUGCAGUUUGAGAGCGAAUGGCGUAAAAAGUCAAAAACAAAGUCUGUUCCGAGGACUGAUGAUGCAUUAUUUCACUACACAGGGCCGAUAAUAAAGUAUUCUGAUCUGGAGCUUGGAAAGACAAUAGGUCGAGGUGGAUUUGGGGUCGUUUAUCAAGCUAAAUAUAAAGGCUCAGUUGUUGCUGUAAAGAAGUUGCGCGUUACUUGCGUUCCCAAAUGUCUUCUACAAGAGUUUUACGCUGAGAUCAAUAUUUUAAAUAGACUUGAACAUUCAUUUAUUGUUAAAUUUAUCGGUGCAUGUACAACAGUACCAAAUCUAUGUAUCGUUAUGGAAUACAUGCAGAUGAGUUUGUACGACGCAUUGCACGUGGACCGUGGUGAUCUUGAUGAUUUUACUGACGAGGAUCGGUUAGUUAUGAUUCAGCAGACCCUUUUGGGGCUAAAGUAUCUGCAUGAUAAAAACAUUGCUCAUUGUGAUAUCAAGUCUGGGAAUAUUCUAAUUGACCACGAUGGCGAGAAGUUUAUCGUUGCCAAACUGUCAGAUUUUGGAUUGAGCAUGAUGAGUCACGAGCCAGCCAAAAAUGCAGGAACACCACGGUAUUCCUCGCCGGAGAUUCUUCGUGGCGAAUCACUAAACUUAAACCAGAUGAAAAUGAGUGACAUGUAUUCUUACGGAUUAGUUGUGUUCGAGAUUAUUUGUGAAAAAGAGCCCUUUGCUAAUUUAAGCUUUGAACAACUGCAUAUCCAAGUUGGCAAAAAGGGUCUAUAUCCGCAGUUCCCUGAAGGUAUUCAUCCCGAUGUUCAUCUGGCAGCCCAGCUUUUGGCUUGUUGGGAUAGAAACCCAACUAAUCGUCCAACAGCAAGAAGUUUCCUUCGGGUUGUCAAUCGUCUAUCCUGUGUUUAUGAGAUAACAGACGAGUAA